GUUCACAUAAUUCCUCAAAUUCUUUUCUUUCUAGUCAUAUUUCUCAUACUGAUUCUAUCUCAAUAAAUUUGUGUAGUCCAGAACUAUGGCACACACGUCUUGGUCAUGCACCUUCUAACAUUCUACACCACUUAAAUAGUAUUUUACAUUUGUCGAAUAAAUCAGGUUGUCAUACUUGUGAAAUCUACCAUUUAGCUAAUUUAAGAAACUUCCCUUUGAGUCACAUAAUCACAUAUCUUCUAACACUUUUGACCUUAUUCAUUGUGAUGUGUGAGGACCUUAUCAUACUCCCACCUAUAAUGGAAAACGUUUCUUUCUAACCAUUGUUGAUGAUGCAACCAGGUUUUGUUGGAUUUAUAUGCUGAAUAAUAAAUCUGAAGCCACAGGUUGCCUGAAGGACUUCUUUGCAUUGAUUGACACUCAAUUUGGCAUUAAGAUCAAAUGUCUCAGGUCUGACAAUGCUAAGGAACUUGCACUUAAGGAGUUUCUGCAGAAGAGAGGUGCCCUGCAUCAAUUCUCAUGCCCUUAUCGACCCCAACAAAAUGCUGUUGUAGAGAGAAAGUACCAGUAUCUGUUGAAUGUGGCCAGAUCCUUAUUCUUUCAGUUAAAAUUCCCUAUUUUCUUUUGGGGGGAGUGCAUCAUCACUGUAGCUUUCCUAAUCAAUCGAAUCCCAAGCAAAUUAUUACAAUUUAAGUCUCCCUUUGAACUGCUAUUUGGAAAGACACCCAACUAUGAUGCCUUAAGAAAUUUUGGUUGCCUUGCAUAUGCAGCAAACACCUCUAACUCCAAAACCAAUUUUUGUCCUAGAGUUGAUCCCUCGGUCUUCAUUGGAUAUCCAACUGGUUACAAAGGUUACAAACUUUACAACCUUAGAACCAAACAGUUUUUUUAUCUCGAGAGACAUCAUUUUCCAUGAACAUGUUAUGCCUUUCAAUACUUCACCUCAUCUACAGUCUAAUAAGGACUUGUUCAAUGACUUUGUACUUCCUAAACCCAUUCUUGAUCACAUCCCUUCUCCAUCUUCACAGCCUACCCCAACCGUCAUAAACCCAGAACCUCAACAUCAAGAACCAACACCAAACACCAUCACUUCACCACCUAAAUAACUAAGAAAAUCAACUAUACACAUUCAACCUUCGCCUUGCCUUACCUUAAUGACUACGUCUGCCACACCUCUACUCCUUAUCCCUUAGCCAAUCAUAUUAGUAACCAUCGCCUUAACCUUACAUACCUUUACUCCAUCGCACAAUUAGACACCAUACCUGAGCCUUAAUUUUACCAACAGGCAAUUCAGUUCAAAGAAUGGAGACAAGCUAUGCAAGAGGAACUUGAUGUGCUUGAGGCCAAUAACACUUAGGCCCUUGUACCUUUACCACCAGAUAGGCGAGCCAUUGGUUGUCGUUGAGUGUACAAAGCUAAGCUAAAGGUUGAUGGCUCGUUAGAGAGAUAUAAGGCACGUUUAGUUGCAAAAGGAUAUACUCAACAAGUUGGUAUUGAUUUUAGGGACACAUUUAGUCCCGUGGCAAAGAUCACUACUGUGAGGACCUUAUUUACUAUUGCUGCAGUCAAGAACUGGAGCCUCCUACAGCUGGAUAUAAAUAAUGCAUUCCUCAAUGGUGAACUUAAUGAAGAAGUCUACAUGGAAUUGCCUUUGGGUCAUCCUCAGCGGAAACAAGGGUUAGUUUGUAAACUCACACGAUCCUUGUAUGGGUUGUGACAAGCAUCAAGGUAGUGGUUCACUAAGUUUUGCAACACACUAAUCACCCAUGGCUUUACACAAUGCUAACAUGAUUACUCUCUUUUCGUUCUAGGAGAGGGUGAGGCAACUACAUAUCUUAUUGUGUACGUGGAUGACAUCAUCAUUGCUGCUCCCAAACAAGACAUGGUGGACAAUGUUAAACACAAGCUUCAAUCCAUCUUCAAGCUUAAAAUCUUGGGUGACCUUAAGUUCUUCCUUGGUCUUGAGCUUGGAUGGGAUUACUCUGAGUCAGCGAAAAUAUACACUUUCAUUGCUGGAGGAGACUGGUUUCUUAGGGUGCAAACCUGCCAAUACACCCAUGGAUGCUAAUCUAAAACUUAGUGCUGAUGAAGGUGAUCCUAUCCCUGAUGCUUCGAGAUAUCGCAGAUUAAUUGGCCGCCACAUGUAUCUCACUAUAUCUCGGCCAGACAUCACUUUUGCUGUGGUAAAACUGGCUCAAUACAUGGCAAAUCCUCGAACUCCUCAUCUCGAAGCUGUGCACGAUGUCCUCAAGUAUUUGAAGGCAGCACCUGGCCAGGGAUUACUCUUCUCAUCAAAAUCUAAGUUUCACCUCUCUAUGUACACUGACGCUGACUGGGGCAGCUGCCUCGACACACGGAGGUCCACGACCGGCUAUUGCACGUUCUUGGGAGAUUCAUUAGUGUCAUGGAAGAGCAAGAAGCAAGAUGUAGUUUCGAGGAGCUCAACGGAGGCAGAGUACAGAGCUCUAGCCAACGCUGCCUGUGAAGUUCUAUCCGUCAUUUCCCUUCUCAAAUUCAUGCAUGUCGAGGUGAAUUCAACAAUGAUUUUUUGUGACAACAUCUCUACCAUUCAAAUGGCCACCAAUCCGACUCUACAUGAAAGGUCCAAGCACAUUGAAAUCUAUUGCCACUUCGUUAGAGAAAAAGUGGCAGCAGGGAUCGUCAAACUCAUCCACGUACCGAGCAAGCUUCAACUCGCAAAUUUACUCACCAAGUACCAAGCAAGCAUCAACUCGCGGAUUUACUCACCAAGGCUCUCCCAGCGCCUCAGUUCAAAUUUCUUAUGGCCAAGUUUGGAACAUACAACAUGUAUGCUCCAACUUGAGGGGGGAUAUUAG